UCACGACCAAGGGGUUGAAAUUCGCGGUCGUGAACUUGUGAGGCGAGGUCGCGAUCUCUGGUCAGCACAUUUACGCGUUGAAAACUCAAAGUUCGCGGCCUGACAUCUUGGUUGCGAUCCAUAAUGUUGCGGCCAUGAAUUUCCUCGCAGGUUCAAAGGAUGGUGGUCGUGAUUCAACUGGGAAAAAUCUCUGUUUUUCCUUCGCUGGCUACCUCUCCAAGUUCGUGCCCAUCACUCCAUAGAUUGAGGUCGCGAUCUUUAGGCUGGAGGCCGCGAUCUUAGCUCUUUCUUCGCAUCCUCCAUUCCUGGUCGCGAUCUUCCUUCUCUAGACCGUGAUCUUCAAUUUUUCGCCCAUAACUCUACACUUGUGCUCCUUUACAUACCUAAUUCGCAUGUAUUGUCAAAAGCACCCUAAAAUCACAUAAUAAUCAAAUAGGAACAAAAUAGGGAUGCGAUUGACUCUAUUUAAGCAUUUAUGCACAUGAAUUGGCACGAAACAAACCUUAAUAUGAAGGGUAUACAACACCAAUUUAGGUGUUGUCAUCGUGCAAGAGAUAGUUCAAGAAGGAAGAGCCACAAGUUAACCCAUCUUGAAGACAAAGGAAGAAGCAUCUAUAUCAGGAGAAGAAGAUCCCCCAAACCCCACCAAUUUUGGGCUUAGCUUGGGAGAGGAAGACAAGAUUGAUAAAGACAACUUCAAUUCGGAGCAACAAGGAGCAUCUUCAACUUCUACAACAUCAUCGAUGGCUAGAGAAAAAAGGAGAAAGACAAGUGGUCGUUCCACUUACUCUUUAUGUGUGCUAAAGGCUAAGAGCAUCCAACAUGUGCUACGCCACCAACAACCAUAGAGAUCAUAAUUAACUCAGAUGGUGCAACAAGCUAGGAGAUAUGGAGGAAGAAAUGAUGAUGAUCCGGUACAACACUUGAAACAUUCUUAGAGAUUGUCAAUUCCAUACCUAGAGAUGACGAUACCAAAGAUGGAAUUCGACUAUGACUUUUCCUGUUCUCUCUUGGAGGAGGAGCAAAGCAAUGACUCGAAUUCCAUCUACCAGACACCUUCACCACAUGGGAGACCUUUGCACAAGCAUUCAUCGAGGAAUACUUUCCACCAUGGAAGAUAGUGCAGCUUAAAGAUGAGAUUACUCAAUUUCAACAUAAGGAAGGAGAGAAUUUCUAUGAUCCUUGGAGGAGAUUUCAGGAGUUUAUCAAAUCAUACCCCAUCAUGGAUUCAUGCGAGAGAAGAUUGCAAAGUAUUUCGAGAAAGGUCUUGAUCGAGACACCACGAUGAUGGUAAACCAGUCGGCCGAUGUUGAUUUCACAACAAUGGCAGGAGUACAAUGCUAUUAGCAUUUCGCCGUACUAGCAAGGAAGUCAAAGAACUGGUCCAAGCGUCCAACAAUGAUCAAACGGUUGAAAGCUGCCCAAGAAAGGGGGAUGAUGUCGCCACCCUCUGUGCAUACAUGAAGGAGCUGACCCAACAAUUAAGAAAGACUUCAAUGGAGCCAAAGAAUGGAUCAUUUGCAUCCUUGUUCAUUUGUGAAGCAUGGGGAGAAGAAGGCCAACAAGGAUUCGAUUCCUAUAGCCAAGAAGAGCAAAAACAUGAUGUUGUCAAUUAUAUAAAUCAAGGCUAUUAAUCGAGACCUCUUUAGUGGACUUGUGGUCUGCUUUGUCAGGGUUUUGAUGUAUUUUAAAAAAAUUGUGGUUUGCUUAAAUAAGCUUGUGGUCUGCUUUAUGAGGUUUCUGGUGUGCUUCAGUGGACUUGUGGUUUGCUUUGUCAGGGUUGUGGUGUGUUUUAGAAAACUUGUGGUUUGCUUAAAUAAACUUGUGGUUAAUAAACUUGUUGGUCUUCUUUAUGAGAUUUUUGGUGUGCCUCACUGGACUUGUGGUAUGGCAGUCAAGGUUUUGGUGUAUUUUAGAAAACUUGUGGUUUGCUUAAAUAAACUUGUGGUUGCUUUAAUAAACUUGUGAUGUGGUUACUUGUGAUAUGCUUUAUGGAGCUUGUAAUAUGGUUACUUGUGGUUUACUUUAGUACUUAAAACUAAUUUUCUUACAUAUAAGUCCUAAAAAUGAUGAAAAUUACAUUUUAGUACCUAAAAAUUUUUCUAUUUACAUUUUGGUACAUGACCUUUUAAAAAUUUACAAAUAGGUCCAUUAUUAAGAAACUUGUAGUGUGUUUUAUGUUUAUUGUGGAUUGCAGAGUAGUUAUACCGAUUUAAAUCCUAAAAUCCUACGAUUUUACUUACCUAUCCUGAUUCAUAUUUUAUUAUAAAAUCUAUGGACCUUAAAAUCCUAUACUAUUCACGAUUGAAAUCCUUAAAAUCUUUAAACUCUUACGAUUUUAUGAUUCCAAUCUUUGAGUCAAUUUUACUUAUUUUUACCAUAAUUUGCAAAAUUAAACCUCUUUUCCUUCUACUCCACCAACAUCAUCUAGUCUCUCACACUAACCACCAUCGAUCAUCAUUAAUCCACGUCAACGUAUUAAACAUCAUCGAUUCACCACCUCUUAUGAUGCGGUCCCAUGACCCCUGAUGCCGAAAUAAAAAACGAAGAUAGGGAGGGCGGGGGUUUUUGGCCGAAAUUUUCCCGAUCGGGGAAAUGGAGGAAGAGAUAGGGUAAAAGGAAUAGAAGGCCCCCUGUCGAUGUAGCUAAAUACUUGACCAGGUAUUUUCAGGGUCCGACCUGGUAUUUGGAUCAGGGUGACAUGAUUUUGUGUUUUAAGUUAUUUUUGGUUAUUUUUAAUUGUCCAGACCUAUAUAAAGGCUGAAACUCGGGUUUUAGGGUUAGUUUUUAGCAAAAUAUUGAUUUUUAUCUUCGUUUUGAGCUUUAGGCUUGAACUUUUCUCUGUAUCAGUCAAGUUUUCCCAUUGAUUUUGGUCGAGAUUCUACCUAUUAUAUUAAUAGAGCCUUCUCCCAAUUACGUGUUGAGAUUGCACUUUCAAUUCCAUCCUAUCACUAUCAUUUUAUUUUUGUUAUUAGCUGCGUUACUUUGAUAACUACGGGUACAGAAUCCGUGCUCAUAUCAUCUUAACAUUAACCUUGAUAAAUUGGAACAUUAGCCUUGAAAAAUUAUUAUUGUGAGUGUUAUGUGUUUUUCCUUAUUAAUAUUAUUUCGUUUUUGUUUUUAUAUGAACCUUAAAAUAUUACGAUUUUACAAUUUGAUUUAAGAUUCUGAUGUUACCUCCAUAUUAGAGUUUAUGUAAAAUCUCGAUUUUAACUGCUUUGGUGGUUUGUUUGAUAAAUUUGUGGUCUAAACUUGUUGUCUAUUUUAAAAAGUUUGUUUACUGUUUAAUAAAAUUGUGGUCUACAUUUUGUGGUUCCCACCCCUUCCCCCAUUUAAUUGCACGAGACACACGUGAAUCCCUCUUCUCCCAAAUUUUCAUUGAUUGUGGUAAACUCAUUUAAACUGAAAAGUCAUCGAAACAAAAUGUUUCUAUUGUC